GCGCUUCUAUCUUUCUCUCUCUCUCUCUCUCACACACACAUUUCCUGCGUCGCAAGAGUCGUCGGCCAAGAUAGUCUUCGUAUUCUUGUGAAUCAUCAUUUCGAGUCUUUCGUUUUCCAAAUCUUACAAGCUCUAUACCUUUUGCCCUCGGCAUAUCCCUUGCCUGCGAUUCUCCAUUUAUCGACGCACCUACCUCUUCAAAAGUACAAAAGCACAGAUCAAAAAGAAAGAGACGCAAGAGUUGCAUAUUCCACGUAUAAAGACCAAGAGAGAAGAGCACGGGCUUGUCUGGAAUACUGCCCAAAGUACGGUGCUCGCCAUGGCACCGACCAUCGCUGCCCGCAUCGCCUCGAGCGAGCACCUCAAGACGGUCAUUUCUCGCACGACAUCCUCCGUCUUCAGAUCACUCUCCGUUCGAGACUCGUCUUCGUCACCCACACCACUAGCUUCUGUGUUCGCUCUGAUCAUCCGCGGCUCCAUAAGCCUAUCCACCCGCGGCCUUUCGGGCUUUCCCAAUGCAGCAGCAGCAGCAGCAGCAGCAGCAGCAGAUCGUACAACACCUCGAUCGCAGCUUGUCGAACCUAUAUUCCUACACCCGCGCGGCGAUACCCUCGCCAAGCGACAACAGAAUGUCAUCCUCGCCAUCCCCACAACCUACGCGGGCUUGAACUCGGGCCCUGCUCCCGGCGCGCUUGUGGGUAUCGUCCUGGGCUCGAUCGCCGGCUUCAUUCUCAUUCUCUACAUCAUUCUCAGCGCCUUCCGCUUCGGCGCCUUUGGCAACAGGCAGACCGUGGUCGAAGAGGAAGUCGUUCGGCACCAUCAUCAUCAGACCAGACGGAGUCGUAGCCGAUCUCGGGCCAUGACGGAGGCGAGUCACCAUUCGCCGAGACGCGAGCGGGUGACCAGGCAGCGCGAAGAAACGGUCGUGGUGGAAGAGCACGUCGAGCCGAGUCUCAGCGCCGAGGAUGAUAUCGUCGAAGUCAUUGAGGAGCAUAGCCCGGAGAGGAGGCCCCCAAAACGAGAGUCCACGAGGCGGAGUGGUUAUAGGACGGUCGAUCCGGCAGAAUUGGGAGGCGGGAAUAGACCGAUUAGGAAGGUCAGUAGGCGGUGAAAGGAUUAUCAAGGCCUCGAUGGUCUGGUAGGAGAGUCCAAGGGUUAGGUUUUGUGGAGGAGGAUAUAUGUGUUCUGUGUCUGUUUUUCUUUUGAGCGAAGGAGUUGGGGAGAAUCUUGACAUUACCAAAUAUGUGCUUCAUCUAGUGAUGUGAGGAGAUAUGUAUCACCGUCGUCCAGUGUGAAUGGUACAAGGAAAUACUGCGUAUUGCAAGAAUGAAUACUAGUAUCUAUCUACAAUCUAUCUAUCUGCAACCUAA